CUUUCCUUGUAUUGACGGAGCCCAUUUUCUCUCUCUUCUCUCUCUCCCCUUCCAUCGUUCCUGAGGCGUUUCGUCUUCAAAUUCUAUCAAAUUUUGAUCAAUGGCGUUCCCGCAGCACCAUUUUCAGCCACAAUACCAAUCUUCACCACAGCAACAACAGCAGCAAUCGAACGACUUGAGGAAUUUGUACGCACUCGACACCCAGGUCUCGCCGACGGUGGGGUUUUACGACCCUCCGAAUUUGCUAGACCAGUCUCACCAUCCUCCCUACAUUCCUCCUCCCUUUCAUGUGGUGGGAUUUGCUCCGGGACCGGUGAACGACGGCAAUGAUGGGGGAAUUGAUUUGAAGUGGAAUUAUGGGCUGGAACCAAGGAGGAAAAGAUUGAAGGAGCAGGACUUUUUGGAGAAUAAUUCUCAGAUUUCAUCGAUUGACUUCUUGCAAGCUCGUUCCGUUUCAACAGGCCUAGGGUUAUCCCUCGAUAACAAUCGUGCUUCAUCUUCUAAUGAAUCCGCUUUGCUGUCGCUCAUAGGAGAUGAUAUUGAUCGUGAGUUACAGCGUCAGGAUGCAGAGGUUGAUAGAUUCCUCAAAGUUCAGGGUGAUCGUUUGAGGCAAAGCAUCCUAGACAAAGUCCAGACAGACCAACUCCAGACCAUGUCAUUAUUCGAAAACAAAAUUAUCCAGAAGCUCCGAGAAAAGGAGACUGAGAUGGAAAGCAUCAACAUGAAGAAUUCGGAACUUGAGGACAAAAUGGAGCAAAUAUCUGCCGAAGCAGGGGCAUGGGAGCAUCGAGCGAGGUCCAACGAGAACCUGAUAAAUGCCCUCAAGUUGAAUCUUCAGCAGGUCUAUGCUCGGACUAGGGAUCAGAGCAAAGAAGGGUGCGGGGACAGUGAGGUGGACGACACGGCUUCCUGCUGUAAUGGUCGCGGCGUCGGUGGCGGGAUCGAUUUCCAGAUGCUGUUUAAGGAGAACAAGGACAUGAAAGAGCUGACGACUUGUAAAGUUUGCAGAGUGAAUGAGGUGUGCAUGCUUUUGUUGCCGUGUAAGCAUCUGUGUGUGUGUAAAGAGUGCGAGAGUAAGCUUAGCUUUUGUCCUCUGUGUCAGUCCUCCAAGUUUCUUGGGAUGGAAGUUUAUAUGUAACGGAAAAAGACACGGGAAUGAUGAUCUUCAUUAACGGUUUAAUGCCACGUAUACUACUGUAGAAUUUGUUGUCAAUGGUGUCUUGUCUCCUUGCCUC